UCAUCAGAAAUGGAGAUGUGCGAGACAUCAUCUUGAACGAGACYUUAACAGCCCUCGCACCCAGUUUUGUGGACUUUGAGACUGUGGACUAUAUACUGUGGUUCCAAGUUUACUUGGGACCUGUAAUAGCCAGUCUGCAACCUGGCAGCUUGUCAGAUAUACCCAGGAACAUCAGCUGUGCAUCCUACAAAGCCAUAGUCACUGGUCUUCGGGAUAGUUUGACAUUUUUGCCUCUGGACCUUGCAACUGGUGUGAGAUCAAGCUUGGAGUCACUACAGGAGAUCUUUCCAAAUUGCUCAUAUUUGGAGUCAUUUGUGUGCACGCAGUCACCUGUUGAUGUGGACCUCAUUUGUGCUGCAGUUAAUAGAUCUAAAGUCCAACAAACACUAUCAGCAGACAACUCCUCAACAGCCUUGUGUAAUUUUACCAUCACUGAAAUUACCUGUUCCUCGCCCACAAGAAUAACUCAAGACAACGUGGUCACUUUGCUGAAAUGCUCUGUGGAAAGCCGAAGGACAUACCCAGUGGAAGUUUGGAAGCUUUUCUUCAACAGAACAUCUGGUUUGGACAAGGCUCUUGAGACAUUCAGUUUGACGGCCCCCUACAGCAGCAACGCUGUCUUCACAAAUGCUCUUGAAGCUCUCGGAGAAGUGGAACCAAACAGAUUCAGCCAGGAAGACCUACAGAAUGCCACUUUAGUUAGCAGUUGGUUCCAGAAUAGGAUCCGUCCAUUCCUUGCUUCCGCAUCCACAAAUUUCUUGAUUUGCCUUAGCGCCAAAAACUUCAGCUGCCUGACAUACCAAAUUAUCAUCAGUACCCACUUCAUAAACUUCACUACAGAAGAGUUUCAUCUUUGGUUCAACAUCAAACUGGUCCCCAUCCUUGCAGGUUUCACUACAGAGAUGCUCCAAAUUGCAACCUCAAGCAUCAACUGCACAAACUACCAUGUCAUUGUGAGCGGGCUGGACAAAGUUUUUUCAGACAUACCGCAGGAUAGACAGCAAAGACUUGCAGACGUACUGCUUGACUACCUGAGGAGAUCUGCCAGUGUCAUCAACCAGCCAGUUUGCAGACCUGGAAAUCAGAGUGAUGACCGAACACUUCAAGUCAACUUGGCUCAAUUUGCUACAUUGAUACCAUAUUCUGACCUGAAAUUCCUCAACCUCUCCCAGACUGUCAUUUUAGAUUCACUAUCAUCUGAACAGAAAGCUGAACUACUUCUUGAGCCCAACAAUUUUGCCAAUGAAACUCUCAUAAUUUUUGUAUUCAAACAAGUCACUUCAUCUUCAUCUCUGCAAAAUCUUGUGUCAUUUUUUGACACUUUUGUGAAUGGUAUUGAAAAGCUAAACAUGACAACAUUCAGCUCUGGACUACGUGAUACCAUCCUUAAUCUGACAUUGACAACACUUGGCCCACAACUGACUCAUUUUAGCUCUGAUGAGAUCAAGUUAUGGUUCCAAGUUUAUCUCCAACUCUUCCUCCCAAGUGCUGACUCAAGAACCUUUGAAGGUUUUCCAAGAAAUAUCACCUGUAGCUCAUAUCAAGAGAUUGUCAAAGGAUUUGACAACAUUUUCAUUCAGCUCUCUGAGCAACAGAUUCAGCAGUUUCUCACAUUUAUAUUGGCCUAUCUCAAGGGACAGCUGUCUUCGGGUUUUUCAUGUGCUGACUCUGCAACUGAUGACAGAAAUUGGCUUGAAAACAAUUUUGGUCGGUUUCGUUUUCAAGCUUCUUUAAAUGACUUUUUGACAUUCAAGAACAAUUUCAAUGGGGUGGAGGUUUCAGAUCUUCUCACCUUCUAUCAACUGAGUGAGCUUGCAGGAAUUCCUUCUCAGCUAAAUGGAACACAUGAUGUGACAAAAAUUAUGACAUUUAUCAACGCUUCUGAGUUUGGUGCUUUCUUUGACAAAGUCUCACCAGCUAUUGAGGCCCAGUCAGCCAACUACACACAGGAGGUGAAGUCUGCCUUCCUCCAGGGAGUUUUUGACCGAGCAGGUCUCGCCUCACCAGUUGUAAGUGAUGGAGAGUUCCUGCUGUGGCUGAAAGUGCGACUGAGGCCUUUACUGGUCGAUCUUUCUCCAAGUUUGGUGGCACAGUUUUUCAGCAUUGGGACAAACAGGAGCUGCAACAGCAGCCAAGAAAUGAUUAAAAUACUUGAUACAAUAAACUCAACUCUCAGCAUCAACACACAUACAGAGAUCUACAAAAACAUUGUCCUCUUCCUUCAAGGUUCAACUCCACUGAAAUGUUACACAGGGGGAAGUUUCUACAUCUUUCUGAAAAACACCUUCCUCAGUUUUGGCUUUCCAGACGUGUCAACAUUGCUAUCUCUUCUGCCACCAACACGCAAGUCUGAACCAUCAGCACCUCAGAGCUGCAUCAGUUCCUCAGUCAGCCUGGUGUAAUCAGCAACGCCUCAGACGUCUGUGUCAUCUUCAACAGCUACAACAAUGUUAAUGCCUUCCUGGAAAAUGAGAACAUUUCUGAUGAUCUGAAGAAGGUGAUCCUCCCUUGUGUUUGGAAGUUUGCUCUGAGCAGCACCAGCACGUCUGAGGCCAAUUUGUGGUUUGAUGUUCGGUUGAAAAACUACCUGGGAUUCCUCACCAAGAGCCUCAUCAGCUCCACUGAAGUGCAGAACGCCUCGUGCUUCGCCUUCCAGAAACUGGUGUUCUUCAUGGGAAACAACUUCACGUACAAUAGUUCUGAUUUUGGACAGGUGGAUGUGUACGCCACCAUCAGAAGCCAUCUGAGUGCCAGCUCUGGAGUCAGAUGCUACAAUCCCAGUGAUCCAGCACUCAACUCUACCUCCUGGUUUGCCGAUUACAUCGGCAGCUUUGUGACUUUUAUCACCGUGGAUGAUUUCACCAGCUUUGUGUCCAGCUCUCAGAUUGACCUACUUUUGGAGAACCAAGUCAAUCUGGAGCUUUUCAACAACAUAGCUAUCUCAGAAGAUGUGAGAAACUACUACAUCACGCAGCUUUAUAUAUUCAACCUCAACUUCAAGGUCAUCAAUCUUCCAGGAAUUUUGUUGUGCUCCCCUAACAUCCCAGUUACAGCYUUUACUUCUCUCAAUGAAGCUGACACCAUGGUCAUCCUGGACAGGAUAAAACAGUUCUGCAYUGGAACUGUAAACCCAGAGGCCAAUGCUGCUUUGGCGUCCAACUUCAAAAACAUCACGGGGCAGACGUUUGUGAUUCUUGGGAACGCCUCUUCGGGCCUGACCAGCACCCAGAUCAUUUCAGUGUCUCCAUUGGUGSUGGUUGCCUCGUUGCCCACUCUGAGCUCGGUGACAACAUGGAGUCAGGACCAGGCCACAAGCAUAGUCCAAACCAUCACAACCUCAGGCUACCAGAUAAAAAAUGCAACCACCCUGGCAUCCCUUGGCUCUCUUGUUGUUGGAGUUUCUUCUGAGUUGAUAAAUAAAAUCCCAUCUUCUGAAAUUCUCACCGCCUCCAAGGACCUCACUGUUGUUACCAGCUUGGUGGAAGCUCCAAAAUCUGUCCAGGAGACUUUUGUCAAUAAGAUCAUUUCUGUGGCCCCAAGUCCAGCCAAGGUGGUGGAGAAUGUCCCUGACGCCCUGGCGACUAAUAUCCCACCAGUUCAUCUUUUAUUCCCUACGGGGACUGCGAACUUCAGCACCAUCAACAAAAAAACAUGGACACAAGAUCAGUCCGUCAUGUACUUUAAGAACCUGGCUGAAUCCAACUUUGACAUUGAGCAGCUUUCGCCAUUAGUGCUGCAAGGCUUCACGUGCACAUCAACUAAGAAAAUGACCAAAACUUUGGUAAAGCAGCUGAUCUACGCCUGUAGGCCAAGGGCCGGCAGAGCCAAGGUGCAACUGAAGGAGUCACAGCUGACCUGCAUGUACAACCUGCUCCAAGGAGGUCUCAGUCAGAACGUCACAGAUUAUCCCUCAGACAUGCUUCUCUACUUCAGCUCUCAGAAAGUCCAGAAGAGCAACUGCAGAGCCUAUUUUUCUGCUCUGGGUGCUGCAGACUUUACGGUGCCCUCCAGCAUUUUGAACAAGGGCCAACAGCACCUCAAUGACGCCAGGACCUGCUUGGGUAUAAAUGGAUUCAACCUGAGCCAAGACAACRUGAAUGUUCUGGGGAACAUGGUCUGCAUUCUGGACAGUUCUUACAUACUGAACUCAGAUCCACUCAUCCUGGAAAAACUCAAAGCCUGCAAGAAAUUCUCUAACAGCCAAAUCACUGCUAUAGAGACGGUGCUGCUAUCCGGGAACACAAAAUACGGUAAUGUUGCCACCUGGAACCAGCAAACACUGACGAACCUAGGAAACCUUCCUCUGUACUUAACAAGAAACUUCUGGAGUCACUUCAAACCAACAAUAAAGAAAAGUUUCCUUAAAGUCUUCAUGUCAACAUUAAGAUCAGCAAACACACCGAAGCCAUUGCUCAAGCAGCUGUUCAACCAGGUCACCUCUCUGYUSACUYAAAGAGGAGCAGGGUGCACGGUGGGCAACAUCACCACAGUCACUGUCAGCGAUCCUUCCUUCCCCUUCGGCUACGAUCUGACUCAGUUUGACCUCUGCCUGGACCUCCCUGUGCUGAAAGACAACCUGAAUGCUAUCUGUGCGAAGGUGGAUGAUGAUAACUACCAGACCGUCAUUCUGGAGAGACUCAAUGAGGCAUACCCGGCUGGAGUUCCUGAUCAGGAAGUACAAUUUCUUGGUUCAGUGUCUCGUGUUGCAUCACUUGAGGACAUCUCUAAAUGGAACAUCACUACCAUUGACACUCUGGCAUCUCUAAUGAACACUGACAACGGACCCUGGGACCCAGCACAGAGCAAUAAAAUCAUCAUGAAGUAUCUGAGUACAUCUGGGAACUCCCUGGACAGCACAGAGCUCGAUGUUAUUGACUCCAAUCUGUGUUCACUGGACACGAGCACUCUGAUGACCAUCACACCAGACAGUAUCUUCAAUGCCGAGCUUCUGGAUGUGUCAUCUUGUUCACUUGAGCAGAAGAAAGUCCUGUAUGAGAUCAGUAAAGCCUCCUUCAGUUCACUCAAUGCCACUUCACAAGACCUUUACAACCUUAUAAAAGGCUACCUAGGUGGAGCGCCUCUGAUGGACAUCAUAGCCUUAUCAACACAGAACAUCAGCAUGAGUGUUAAUGUCUUUGAGAGUCUGGAUCCUAACGUGAUCAAUAAUUUGACUGUGACUAACGUCCAAGGGCUCUUGGGUGAACAUCUACCAGAUCUGAAGCUGUUUGAGAAUGACAGUUUGAUUCAGACAUGGAUAAAUUUGCAGCUGCAGUCCGAUCUGGACACACUGGGUGUUGGCCUCAUCAACAAUAAAACAAGCCCUACAACUGCAGAACCUGGAACAAACAACAUUGCAACCACAUCGAUAACAAACACCGUAACAGAAACAACAGUGUCUACAAGUGGUGCUGGACAGUCUUCAACAUAUGAACCAACGACAUCUGGACCCAACGGUGGAACUGGCACUGUGACAGAAACAACAACAUCUACAAGUAGUGCUGGACAGUCUUCAACAAAAUCUACAACUACAUCUGGACCCAGUGGUGGAACUGGCACUGUGUCAGGAACAAUAACUUCUACCAAUAGUGCUGGACAGUCUUCACCUCAUGCAUCAUCCACAUCUGGACCCAGUGGUGGAACUGGCACUGUGUCAGGAACAACAACUUCUACCAAUAGUGCUGGACAGUCUUCAACUCAUGCAUCAUCCACAUCUGGACCCAGUGGUGGAACUGGCACUGUGACAGAAACAACAUCGUCUACAAGUGGUACUGGACAGUCUUCACCUCAUGCAUCAUCCACAUCUGGACCCAGUGGUGGAACUGGCACUGUGUCAGGAACAACAACUUCUACCAAUAGUGCUGGACAGUCUUCAACUCAUGCAUCAUCCACAUCUGGACCCAGUGGUGGAACUGGCACUGUGACAGAAACAACAUCGUCUACAAGUGGUACUGGACAGUCUUCAACAAAAUCUACAACUACAUCUGGAGCCACUGGUGGAACUGGCACUGUGACAGAAACAACAACGUCUACAAGUGGUACUGGACAGUCUUCAACUCAUGCAUCAUCCACAUCUGGACCCAGUGGUGGACCUGGCUCUGUGACAGAAACAAUGUCUACAAGUGGUGCUGGACAGUCUUCGACAAAAUCUACAACUACAUCUGGAGCCACUGGUGGAACUGGCACUUUGACAGAAACAACAACGUCUACAAGUGGUACUGGACAGUCUUCAACAACAUCUACAACUACAUCUGGAGCCACUGGUGGAUCCGGCACUGUGACAGAAACAACAAAGUCUACCAGUGGUGCUGGACAGUCUUCAACAUCUACAACCAUAUCUGGAGCAUCAGGACCAAGUGGUGUGACUAACAGUUCUGAUGUCUGUGCCAGCUUCACCAACUCUAAUGCCGCUAUAACCUUCCUCAUGAAUGAGAAUGUUUCAGAUGAUCAGAAGAAGGUGAUCCUCCCCUGUGUUUGGAAGUUUGCUCUGAGCAGCACCAGUAUGUCUGAGGCCAAUUUGUGGUUUGAUGUUCGGCUGAAAACCUAUUUGAAAUUCCUGACGAAGAGCCUCAUCAGCCCCAAUCAAAUACAGAACGCCUCAUGCUUCGCCUUCAAGAAACUGGUGUUUUACCUGGACAAUAACUUCAAUUACACCGGUGCUGAUUUUGUAAGGGUAGACGCAUACGCCACCAUCAGAAGCUAUUUGAGCCAUGGCUCUGGAUUCAGAUGCUACAAUCCCAGUGUUCCAGAUCUCAGCUCUACUUCCUGGUUUGUCGAUUACAUCGGUGGCUUUGUGACUUUUAUCACCCUGGGUGACCUCACCAGCUUUGUGUCCACCUCCCCGGUUCAGGCUAUCCUGGAGAACCAAGCCAAUCUGAACCUUUUCAACAACAACACAAUCCCACCAGAAGCAAUAAACUAUUACAUCACGCUGCUUUUCUCAGUCAACCCAACAUUCAGCCUUUUGAAGCUUCCAGGUAUUUUGUUGUGCUCUCCCAACAUCCCAAGUUCAACAUAUUUGUCCCUUAACGAAGCUGACACCAUGGUCAUCCUGGACAACAGGAAGGAAUUCUGUGGCGGACUUGUAGACCCUGAGGUAAAUGCUGCUUUGGCAUCCAACUUCAAAACCUCAACAAUUACAGCGCAGACCUUUGUCAACCUUGGGAAUGCUGCUUCAAGCCUGACCAUCUCCCAGAUCACUUCGGUGAGCACAUCGGUGCUGGUUAACUCGUUGUCCACUCUGGCCUCAGUGACAACAUGGAGUCAGGAGAUUGCCACAACCAUAGUCCAAACCAUCACCGUCUCAGGCUACCAGAUAAACAGUGCAGCCUCCCUGGUAUCCCUCGGUUCUCUUGUUGUUGGAAUUCCUUCAAAGUCCAUGGGGAUGAUCCCAGCUGAUCAACUCCUCAGCGCCUCUAAAAAUCCCACCCUCGUUUCCAACAUUGUGCAAGCUCCAACAGUUCUCCAGGAGACAUURGUCAAGCAGAUCAUUUCUGUGGACCGGAGUGCAGCCACAGUGGUGCAGAACGUCCCUGAUGUCUUGGCGCUUCAGAUCCCACCGUCUGUGCUGGUAUUUCCUCCGAGGACUGCAGACAUCAGCGUGUUGAACUCAAAGACAUGGACACCAGAUCAGGCUAGCAUGCUCCUUUUGGCAUUGGCUGAAUCUAAUUUUGACACAGAGCAGCUUUCCCCAUCUGUGCUGCAAGGCUUCACAUGCACAGCAGCCCAGAAAAUGACCAAAACUUUGGUAAAGCAGCUGAUCUAUGCCUGUAGGCCGAGGGCCGGCAGAGCCAAGGUGCAACUGAAGGAGUCACAGCUGACCUGCAUGUACAACCUGCUCAAAGGAGGUCUCAGUCAGAACUUCACAGAUUAUCCCUCAGACAUGCUUCUCUACUUCAGCUCUAAGGACGUCCAGAAGAGCAACUGCAGAGCCUACUUUUCUGCUCUGGGUGCUGCAGACUUUACGGUGCCCUCCAGCAUUUUGAACAAGGGCCAACAGCACCUCAAUGACGCUAGGACCUGCUUGGGUAUAAAUGGAUUCAACCUGAGCCAAGUGGAUGAUGAUAACUACCAGACCGUCAUUCUGGAGAGACUCAAUGAGGCAUACCCGGCUGGAGUUCCUGAUCAGGUAUUACGAGACCUUGGUUCAGUGUCUCGUGUUGCAUCAGUUGAGGACAUCUCUAAAUGGAACAUCACUACCGUUGACACUCUGGCAUCUCUAAUGAAAACCGAAGACGGACCCUGGAACACAACGAAGAGCAACAAAAUCAUCAUGAAGUAUCUGAGUAGCUCUGGAAACUCACUGGGCAGCUCUGAGCUGAACUUUAUUGACUCCAACCUGUGUUCACUGGACACCAGCACUUUGAUGACCAUCACACCAGACAGUAUCAGGAAUGCCAAACUCCUGAAUGUGUCAUCUUGUUCACUUGAGCAGAAAACAGUCCUGUAUAACAUCAGUAAAGCCUCCUUCAGUUCACUCAAUGCCACUUCACAAGACUUUUAUAAUUUGAUAAAAGGCUACUUAGGUGGAGCACCUCUGACGGACAUUGUAGCCUUAUCAAAACAGAACAUCAGCAUGAGUGUCGACAUCUUCAAGAGUCUGGAUCCUAACGUGAUCAAUAGUUUGACCGUGAUCAACGUCCAAGGCCUGAUGGGUGGAAAUGUCCCAGAUUUGAAGCUGUUUGAGAACAACACUGUGAUUCAGYGCUGGGUGAACUCAAAGGACCAGUCGGAUCUGGACAUGCUGGGUGUGGGCCUCGUCACUACCAGGGUGACAAACCCUGCAACUGCAGGACCSAGCAGCACUGGGGCUGUAGCUCAAGGUAAAAACACAAAACRACUGUGUGUGUUGAAGGAGACAUAA